AUGAAGAAAAUCAGUCUGAAAACAUUUCGCAAGUCUUUUAACUUGAAUAAAAACAAAGAGGAUAAUGAUUUUGUAAUGGUACAGCAGCCUUCAUUGACCAAUAACUUUGUGAAAGAUGAUUCUCUGUUUGGCAGUUGUUAUGGCAAAGACUUGACUGGAUGUGAAAUAAACAACGAAGAAGAGAAAGGUGGCAAAAAUAGGCCAAAAAGCGAGAGCUUGAUGGGAACACUAAAAAGACGCCUUUCAGCAAAGCAGAAACAAAAAGGAAAGGGAAGCACAUCUGUGAACUCAGCAGAAGAAGACACAUUUUCUUCUUCAUCUGCACCUAUAACUUUCAAAGAUGUAAGAUCUCAGAGAUCAUUAAGAUCAACUUCACUUAGAACCCACCAUUACAGUCCAACGCCAUGGCCUUUGCGACCAACAAAUUCUGAAGAGACCUGCAUAAAAAUGGAAGUCAAGGUGAAGGCAUUGGUUCACUCCACCACUCCAAGCCCUGCACUUAAUGGCGUUCGAAAGGACUUUCAUGAGUUGCAAGCAGAUAAUGUCUUUCAGGAACAAAGCAAUGUGAUGAAAAAUACAGAAUCUCAUAACGGAGAUCUCCAUCUACAUAUUAAUGAACAUGUGCCUGUAGUUAUAGGACUUAUGCCUCAGACUAUAUUCAGUAUACUGUGCCUUUAGAUGAGGGAAUGUAUCCUUUGGAAGGGUCACGCACUUUCUGUUUGGACAGUUCAUCCCCGAUGGAAGUUUCUGCAGUACCAUCCCAUAUUGGAAGUAAUAGUUUUCACGAAGAAGAAAGUCAGGUGGCUCCGGAUGUAGUGGUGGCUCCGGACAUCUUUGUUGACCAGUCUAUUAAUGGUCUGUUGCAUAGUACUAAUGGAGUACUGUUUCAGAACUCCAGGGGAAGUCACAAUGAUGUCCCUCCACUUUCACCAUUACUACCUCCAGUACAAAAUAGUCAAGUCCAAAGGAACUUUGCAGGACUUAAUAGCACAGAUGCACACAUGGCUGAAAACAUGAGGUGCCAUUUGAAUUUUGAUCCCAGUACUGCUCCGGGUGUGGGUCGAGUUUAUGACUCUGUACAACAUAGUGGUCCUAUGGUAGUCACUAGUCUUACUGAGGAGCUUAAAAAACUUGCCAAACAAGGUUGGUACUGGGGGCCUAUAACACGUUGGGAGGCAGAGGAGAAACUGGCCAAUGUUCUGGAUGGCUCUUUUUUGGUUCGAGACAGUUCUGAUGAUCGUUACCUUUUAAGCCUAAGUUUUCGUUCUCAUAGCAAAACACUUCACACUAGAAUUGAACAUUCGAAUGGUAGAUUUAGCUUUUAUGAACAACCAGAUGUGGAAGGACAUACCUCUAUAGUGGAUCUAAUAGAACAUUCCAUUAGAGACUCUGAAAAUGGAGCAUUUUGCUACUCCAGAUCCCGAGUACCAGGAUCGGCCACUUAUCCAGUUAGGUUGACAAAUCCAGUAUCACGAUUUAUGCAGGUACGUUCAUUGCAGUACCUGUGCCGAUUCGUCAUACGUCAGUACACCCGAAUAGACCUGAUUCAGAAACUCCCUUUGCCAAACAAAAUGAAGGAUUAUUUACAGGAAAAGCACUACUGA